UGCUGGAAGAUGGCCGCCAGCACCUGACCGAGCCCGGCGGCCAGCACGAAACACGAAUGGCCUUCGGGAAGUCGUGCUCAUAUCUUCAGGGCCCGAGGCAAGACAUAAUUCUCUACCUCCCCGCUCUGAUUCUUACAGGCCUCACCUGAGUCCCCCCGUCCUGCCCUCCUCAGUGGAUGGGACAGACGCCUGCAGAAACCAGGGAAGGGUCUGCUCACCCACCACGGCCGCAGCUGCGACACAGCUCUUGGUGCAACCGGCUCCCCCCGCCCUCCGCCAGGCCAGGUCCCCAUGCUCCUGUGGAUGCUGCUGCUCACCCUGGCUCCGGGACGAGGACAGACAGGGGUCCCUCCAAAGGCUUUCCUCCUCCUAAAACCUCCAUGGACCACAGCCUUUGAGAACGAGAAAGUGACUAUCGUGUGCAACAGUCCCCUCCCUCCGGUCCCAGGGGACGUAACCUGGUAUGACGACGAGAGCUUCCUGAGAAAAGGGUCGAAGGAGAUCCAAGUGAAAAAGUCUGGAUCUUACAGAUGCAGGACCUCGGGGUCCUCCCUCAGCGACCCUGUGCACGUGGAAUUCUCAUCUGGCGAGCUGAUCCUCCGGGCCCCGCACCCCAUCUUUGAAGGAGACAAUGUAACGCUGAAGUGCCAGGAGAGGAGUAAAAAGGUUACCGAAAAGAAAGUUUUCUACAAAGAUGGACAGAAACUCAGACGGGAAGAAGUCAGCGCUUCUGACUCUGACGCCAUCACCCUGCAGUCAGUCUCCAGUGACAACGGCCUUUAUCACUGUGCCACUCCUUUUCGUUGGUGGCAUGCUCUGGGUCUACCAGAAUCUACUUCAAACCGACUAAGGAUCCAGGUCCAAGAGCUGUUUCCGCUUCCCGUGCUGACGGCCAGCCCGGCCCAGCCCGUCGAGGGGGGCCCAGUGACGCUGACGUGCGAGACCCAGCUCUCUCCACAGAGGCCGGACGUCCGGCUCCGCUUCCGCUUCUUCAGAGAAAAGCAGCCCCUGGGGUCGGGCUGGAGCUGGUCCCCAGAGCUCCGGAUCCUCACUGUGUGGAGAGAAGACUCAUCCUACUGGUUCCCUGUGUCGCGCCCGGUCCUCACCGUCGGGACCCCCGGGGCCCGCGCCGUGCCGGGGGACGUGCUGCAGCUCCACUGCGAGGUGCCGAGGGGCUCGCCGCCCAUCCUGUACCGAUUUUACCGCGGGGACGUCGCCCUGGGGAGCAGCCCGGCCCCCUCUGGAGGAGGCGCGUCCCUCAACCUCUCUGUGACCGAAGAACAUUCUGGAAACUACUCCUGCGAGGCCGACAACGGCUUGGGGGCCCAGCGCAGCGAGGCGGUGACACUCAGCGUCACAGUUCCCGUGUCACGCCCCGUCCUCACCCUUGCGGCUCCUGGGACCCGCGCCGUGGUAGGGGACGUGGUAGAGCUCCACUGUGAGGCCCAGAGAGGCUCACCCCCAAUCUUGUAUCGGUUUUACCAUGAGGACAUUGCCUUGGGGAGCAGCGUAGCCCUCUCUGGAGGAGGUGCGUCCUUCAACCUCUCUCUGACCAAAGAAUAUUCUGGAAACUACUCCUGCGAGGCCGAAAAUGGCCCAGGGGCCCAGCACAGCGAGGCAGUGACAUUCAACUUCACAGGGUCUUCCAGGAACAGAAUAAUCCUUGUCACCGUGGGAGUCGCCGGGGGACUACUCAGCGUUGUCAGCCUCGCGGCUCUGGUGCGUUGCAUUGGAACCCAGAGGAAAUCAGGAGGACUUCCUGCCGCCGGGACACCCAGUUACAGUCCCAGUGAGUGUCACGAGCUUUCCUUGACCAGGCCCUCAAGCCCAGGUGCGCAAGAGCUCACCCGCCACGAGCCAGCAGCGGGAGCGGAGCUGCAGCCGGUGUACAGCAACGUGGGUCCUGGGGACGGCUGCCUCUAUUCCCAGAUCUGGAGCACCCCGCACACGAGACAGAAUUCAGAAGCGGAUUCACCCAGGAUGCACCGGGAGGGCAAGGAACCCAUUGUCAUCUACUCAGAGUUGAAGAAGAGACAUCCAGAUGACUCUGCAGGACAGGCCAGCGGUAGAGGUAGCAUCCACGGAGAUGACAUGCAAAGCUAUGAGAAUGUCCCAUGCACAUCCUCAGCCUGGGGACGCUAGCCCCAGAUCCAGAGGGGCCCACAGAGACCCUGGGAAGCACUGUCCCUGUCCCCGGCGAGCACCUACCCCCUUGCCUCCAGUGAGCCCACAUGAGACAUCUGCGCCUGAGUCUGUGUGAUCCAGGGGCAGAGUGGCCAUGUCUGAGUGAGCGCAGUGUCCUUUUCACAGUAGAGACGUGUGUGAAGGCCGAGUGGGUGACCCUCAGCUCUUGGGUCUGUGGACUAGGGGACAGAGAAGCGGCCUGGCUGGGACACAGGGGCGUGGCCGUGACCACUGGAUCUCAGUGCGACCAAAAGCGUUUGAUGCGCUCUCUGCAUAAACUGUCCACUUCAAACGUUUUGUUUCCUCUUUCCGUGGUUGGUAGUGGCAUCACCGAUGUUGCGGUGUGUAUGCCGUGUUCCAGCCACCAAACUGGAAGUGACCAAAAGAAUUUGUGCUGUCUACACUGUUUCUUCGUGAGAUCUAUACCGGUACUGAGAAUUCUUUAAAACAGGCCGGUCUCAAUGAGAGAGGGCUUCCAAGUUGUCCGGUUAGAUCUGCUGUGGGAAGAACGGUGCUCCCACAGCAUCCUGACGCCCAAGCCCCCGCCCCGCACGUGGCCUGGGCGGUGGCCUUCGGGGCUGACGAAUAGGAGGCAGGCCACCAGCAGACUGGUGUCCUUGCACAAAGAAGAAGAGACACCAGAGACGUCUCUGUCUCCCCUCGUGCACACAGAGGGAGGCCACGUGGGGGACAGCAAGAGGGCAGCCGUGACUUCCAUUAAAUAACAGCGACCCUUCGUAGCUGUGAAAAUGCCUCAGUCGUGACGGUGCCACGCGAAUGUCAAAUGUGCUUUUCACCUGAGAGUCAGAAACUUAGACCACAGAAAGUAUAACAGCAAAAUAUGGUCUGGUUUGAGGUUUUUAAUCUUAGGUUAAUGACUUGAACGAGCAGCCAGUUUGCUGAGGGUAAAUGAUUUUGUUCGUUACGGAGGAAGGGCUCGCGGCCUCGUUGCCAUGGCAGCUGGUGCAAAAUGCGCCCCAGAGCGGAGGCCAGGCCUUCGGGGGAGCAGGAAGCCACUAGACUUUGCUCCGAACACCUCCGCACUCAAGGCUCCAGGAAGAGCAGGGCCACCUGUGGGGAGGGGGGAGCGCGUCGCUAGGUGCCAGCUGUGGAAGCCAUCUGAAAGGGCAGUGACGAAAAGCAGAUGUGUCCGUAUUCACUUGAGACAAUCGAUGGAGGCGGCAUCCCAUGGGCACGGGUCCUUCUG